AUGCAAUCUCCCUUGAAGGGCUCACAAAUUCAAUCCGGCUGGACCGAUUCAUACAAAUAUCAAAAUCAAGAUGGACCCAAGUCGGUGGACAGGAAAAGAAGGGGUAGAGGUGUUGAUAUAAUAUCUUCGUCAUUACCAACUCCACCAUCUCAAUCAUCAAGUCAUCUUCCCUCUCCAGAGACAGUCCGAAGAUCGGCUCGACCUCGUAAACACCUUCCUCCUUCCACUACUCAACUUCCCACUCCUCAGACUCAACGUACCAAACGCCGCCUUUCACCUUCAACUAUCCUCGAAGAAGAAGAAGAAGUUAUACCAUCUCCAUCGGGACAUACCACUUUCUUCCUUUCCAACCAGACCAACGCUUCGUCAUCGAGUAGUAGACCAGAGAAGAUCCGGCGUAGACCUGGCUUGACUUUCGCUCAGCAGAUGGGGUUGCUCAAUACGGGUAAAGGCGUAGGGAUGGGCGGAGGACAUAAAUCAGGAGUCCAUGUAUAUGGAAAAGUAGAUCAGAUAGGUGGUGUGGAGAAGGAAAAAGAAAGAGGAGGUCCAGUCAAGGAAGAAAAUCCAUUCUUAGUCUCUGGAUCUGGAUUGGGGUUGGGUGCACCUAUACCUAUGCGUUCCCCUGGACAGACAACGAUCCAUCAGCCAAGUGGUCCAGGUGGUGACGAAGAGGGGUUCAACUCAGAUACUGAGGGUCAACCGUCUCUUGCUCCUCGCAGACCCCCAAGAUUAGCUUCACCCAUAGCUUGUGGUAAGACCCAUCCAACACUGGCUCAAAGUAUCUCACCGACCGGUCUACUUUCACCUCCACCUACGAAACAUGCACCACGAAUCGCUUCUUCUUCUUCAUCAAAAGCAAAAGGUAUCACUCGUCAGGAGAACGUUCGACGUAAAAAGGAGAUGGAAAUGUUAGAUUACGACUCAAACCCGUUCCUUAUCAAACCUGGUGAACCUUCUACACGAAUACCCAAGACAAAAGGACCGAUAGUAGAUGAAGAUUUACCUACUGUCACAUAUGUAUUUAGAGGAUCAAAGAAAGUAUUUGCCAACCCCCUAUAUCCCUCUAACACGGUAUUUCCUAGAUCGGAAUUGGAUCCUGAAGAUGAAGAAUUCGAACCGAAUCCUCUACCUAAACCCAAGCUUUUAUGGCCUACUGGCCCGUCACCUUCUUCGUCGAAGAAGCAACGAGAACGAGAGAGGACACCAUCAAGAUCACCUCCUAGUUCACCUGUAUCGACACCUACGAGAAGUACGAGGUUUGGCAAUUCAAAUCUUAGCUUGUCGGUCGGACCGAAAGGUAGAGCUCAAGAUGAAGGGGAAGGGAUAUAUAGUGAUGAUGAAGGUGAAUUGAUGAUGAGGGAUAUUCGCACUGAAGAACAUGCGGAUACGGAUACUCAUGGUCAGGCAGAUUUGCAAGACGUAUUACCUAGUAGGCGAGGAUUAUUAUUUGGUGGUGGGAUUGGAGGUUCGACAAAUAAGGGAGUGAAGAGGGAUGUAGAUGAGGGUGAUCUUGGUGGAAGAGGCAAGAAAGCCAGAGGUAUAUUGAGGUUGUGA